CUAUCACCCAUUUGACGCUCGUCCAUUAUGUAGAUAAACACCCUCCAGUCAGCCCCCGCAGAUAACGACUCCCGCCAUCCAUUCUUCACUUCUGCCAGUAGACCGACUUCAUGACUAUAGAAAACGAUAUGAAACCUAUAACUAAACACCCGCAAUACUAUCUCCGUGAUGGCAAUGUUGCCUUCGUGGUGGAGAAGCAGCUUUUCCGGGUGCAUCGAUAUUUCUUUGAACGGGAGUCAGAAUUCUUCUGCAACUACUUUACUGCAUCCGAGGAGUCCGAUGGAACCGACGACAAGCCGUUUGCUCUUGAUGUCAAGAGCGAGGAUUUUGCCAAGUUCUUGUGGGUUUGGUAUAACUCACGUUAUCGCUAUGGAGGACAGCCGAAGGACACUUGGCUUGUCAUUCUUACUCUUGCCGCGCGUUGGAGUUUCGAAUCAAUGAGGGAACUUGCCAUUCACCAGUUAGAACGCUUUUCAAUGAGUCCCGUAGAGAGGAUAGCUCUCUACAAGCAGCAUAAAAUCAACAAACGGCUACUUAUUCCUUCCUAUGUCGAACUCUGCAAGAGUCCGACGCUCCCCUCCCCUGCUGAAGCCGAGCAGCUUCAGAUGGAAACCGUUCUCAGGAUUGCUGCCGCGCGCGAACGCGCCCUCCUUCGUGCUGCCGAAGACGGCUGUCUUUCUCCCACCAGCGCGCUUCUCAGGGACGAAGAACUUGUCACAAUUAUCGAUGACGUCUUUGAGAUGGGUGGUACCACCGAUCACCCCGGGACCAACGGGACCAAUGGUACGAGCUCCCACUCCGGAUCCAAUUGUCCAACGAUCAAGACGCCCACACCCGCCACAAACAAGGUAGUCCCACAGGACAAGGGCAAGGGGAAGAGCUUCAAGUGAUCCU